UUCGUACUUCUUUGGAUUCAUCUUAUAUUAUUGGAAUGAAUCGUUUGUUGACAAAAGAUCAUUUUCAACGAAUUUGUGAGACACCUUUCAGGUGGUGUGUGUACCUAGGUGAAAAGGUGGACAUAAACCGUGAGUUAAUUAAGGUGAUGGUAUGUCGGUGGGCCGGGCAUGACGUUAGCUAUAGGCUGAGUCAUCAACUGGUUCCAUUUACCGUUUUAGAUGUUUUCAUGACGACAGGUUUAGGUAUAGGUGGUUUAGAAGUACCGUUUGAUGAAUGUAUAGAAGGUUUGGUUGGAGAAAUGUUUAACAGAAAAAGCACGUCUUUGAAUGACUUGGUUGAAGUGUUUAAUGCGAUUGUUGUAGACAAAAACACAGACAUUGAUGUUGUUUGUAGGUUGUAUAUAUUUGUUUGUUUGGUUGUGUUUUUCUUUCCUAGAAAGUCUAAGGUAGUAGCUAACAUGCCAUCAAGAGUGUUAGAUGACCUAGACAGCCUCUGUUUAUAUGAUUGGGCUACCGGUGUACAUAAACACCUAGUUGAUAGUUUGAAUAAAGGCAUGAAAAAAAUAAUGGCUGGACAAAUCCGCAGUUCGCUAAGUCUAAGUGGCAAUCUUGCGGUAUUGCAGGCCUGGGCGGUGGAGAGAUUUUCCCUUGAUGGAAAUCCAAUUAAUAGGGAUUUCCCUCGGAUGCUCCGUUGGUUCCGGUAUAAGGCACGGUCAUUUGAAAUUAUUGACGAUAUAUUUCGGACUGCUGAAGUAAGUACUUCAUUUAAGUUUGUUAUAAAUAUUGAUGAUUUGAAUGCAGCCAUUAAUAUGUUUGAAUGUUUGUAGUUCAAGUCUGAGUGGUAUGUUGGGGAACGUGUCCGUGACCUGCCCGAAAUCAAAGCUGCAUUUGAGUUGUUUGAUGGAGGGAUAGGUGUACCGCAGUUGCCAAAAUGAUGUAGAGUUGAUGAAGCUGUAGAUGAUAGCUUCGAUGAUGGCACCUUUGAAACAAACCUUGAGGAGACAUUGAAGAAGAAUAAUGAAGAAAUGAUGGCGUUGUCUUCAAGGCUAGUUUUUUUGAAGAAUGAGGUAUGUAAAAUUCGUGACAUUCCAAUUGUGAAUGAAGAAGGUGUUGGAGGACUUGAUGAAGAACCUUUAGGUGA